CGGUGAGAGAUUCUAGAUGCAUCCCACUUUGACGAGGGGCGCCGCUCUUUCUUUCGCUUCACGGAGUUCCCCCUUCCUUGUCUCGCCUGGCGUUCGCUUCUUCGUCUGUUGCUCCGGUCUGCUUCCGUGUUUCUGACAUUUCUAUCCUGCAAGAUGGCAAGCCAAGCUCCUGCUGAUCCCCCGGUCGCCUCUGACUCGGCGCAAACCCUUCCUGAUCGUACCCAAAACCCCGCCGAUAACAGCGCUCCCCAGGGAGAGGUCUCCAAGAACGCCGCCAAAAAGGCCGCGAAGGCUGCUAAGCAGGCGUCUGACAAGGCCGACAAGGCUGCUAAACAGGGGGGUGCGAAGCAGGCUCCUAAGGCCCCCAAGAAAAAGAUCGAUGGCGCCGCCCUGAUCGGUAUCGAUGUUUCCAAGGAGGAGGACUUCCCCGGAUGGUACCAGCAGGUCCUUACGAAGGGUGACAUGCUUGACUACUACGAUGUCUCCGGAUGCUUCAUCUUGAAGCCCGCCUCGUUCAGCAUCUGGGAGGAGAUCCAAAGUUGGUUCAACGCGCGCAUUAAGAAGAUUGGUGUCAAGAACUGCUCCUUCCCUCUCUUCGUUUCGGAGGACGUUCUGAAGCGCGAGAAGGACCAUAUCGAGGGCUUUGCCGCCGAAGUCGCCUGGGUGACUCAUGCUGGCUCCACCCCGCUCGAAAAGAAGAUUGCCAUCCGUCCGACCUCGGAAACUGUUAUGUACCCUUACUACGCCAAGUGGAUCAGAAGUCACCGUGAUCUGCCCCUCAAGCUCAACCAGUGGAACUCCGUCGUCCGGUGGGAGUUCAAGCACCCCCAGCCCUUCCUUAGAACCCGAGAGUUCCUCUGGCAGGAGGGUCACACCGCCCACCUGACCCAGGAAGGUGCCCAUGAUGAGGUUAUGCAGAUCUUGGACUACUAUGCUCAGAUCUACGAGGAGCUCCUGGCUGUCCCCGUGGUCAAGGGCAAGAAGACCGAGAAGGAGAAGUUCGCCGGUGGUCUGUAUACCACCACCGUUGAGGGAUACAUCCCCUCGACUGGUCGUGGUAUCCAGGGUGGUACUUCCCACGGUUUGGGUCAGAACUUCAGUAAGAUGUUCAACAUCACUGUGGAGGAUCCUUCCGCCAAGGGUGAUGAGAAGAAGGCUCCCCUCCAUGUCUGGCAGAACUCCUGGGGUCUCUCGACCCGUACUCUCGGUGUCAUGGUCAUGAUCCACAGUGACAACCGUGGCCUGGUUCUUCCUCCCCGCGUUGCGGAGAACCAGACUGUCAUUGUCCCCGUCGGCAUCACUGCCAAGACCACAGACGAGGAACGCGAGAAGCUGUACGCUGAAAUUGACACCCUUGUCUCCACCCUCGAGGCUGCCGGCGUCCGGGCGAUCAGCGACAAGCGUGAGGGAUACUCUCCUGGCUGGAAGUUCAACGAGUGGGAGCUUCGCGGUGUGCCUCUGCGCAUUGAAUUCGGUCCCGGCGAGUCUGCCGGUAACUUUGUCACUGCUGCUCGCCGUGACAUUCCCGGCAAGGACGGCAAGAUCACCAUCCCCAUCCCCGAACUGGGAACCGCCGUUCCUACCCUGCUCGAGACCAUCCAGAGCGACCUCUUCAAGCGCGCGGACCACGAAUACCGCACUCACCGCAAGCUCAUCACCAACUGGGACGAAUUCACCCCCGCCCUCAACGACAAGAACAUCUGUAUCAUCCCCCACUGUCUGACGGAGGAGUGCGAGGACCAGAUCAAGGACAUGAGUGCGCGCAAGGCCGAGGAGGACUCCAACGAGGCCCAGGACGCCCGCGCCCCCAGCAUGGGUGCCAAGUCCCUUUGCAUUCCCUUCGACCAGCCCGAGGGUAUCGAAGCCGGCGUCACCAAGUGUGUCAACCCCCAGUGCACCCGGUUGGCCGAGAAAUGGUGCAUGUUCGGACGUUCCUACUAAACAUAGUAGACAAGCUAUCCUUCCUAGUUGCAUUUUUCGUAUGGUUACAAUGACCUUUAUGACAUUUAUUUCACUGUUGAUACAGCGCAAACAACCCUCCCUGGUUGACAACGUAAAAUGAAUGGACAGAAAUAAGAAACACCAAGAAGUAAACAGACAAAAGAACAAAAUUUACACCAAUCUCUAGAGAGAAGGGCAUUUUUCUUCGUUACCUGGAGUGACGCAAUUGUGGGCGUGAGUGAGUAAGGGGUGAUUUUGCCGAGGAGAGAGUGAUUUACUGAAACGGAAAAGCGAGAUAUCUAUCUUUCUUUAUUGAGGAGUCAGGCAUAGUUGUGUUUUUUGUUUGUAGCUAACGGGUUGAAUGAUGAUGAGUUCCAUGCGAU